AUGACCUACACUUACCCUGCUUUUCUCCAGGGACUCUGCCACUGUCGCGACUGCCGGAAACUCAGCGGCGCUCUCUUCUCAUACAAUUUCGUCGUCAAAAGGGCCGACCUGAAAAUAACCGGGAACCCAAAAGAAGUGGCCAAAGUAGCGGACAGUGGGACUCAUAUCAAGAACUAUUUCUGCCCAGAUUGUGGCACACCGCUUUAUGGGCUGAGAAUGGAUUCUGAGGGAGUUCCUGCCGAGACGACCAUUGUCCGGGCUGGAAUAUUCGACGAUAUCGAACUUCUGAAUCAGCGGAGGCCUGAAGCGGAAAUAUUCACCAGCGGACGAGUAUCGUGGAUGAGUCCUAUGGAAGGGACUGGUCAAUUCGUUGGCAUGGUGCCUCUGCCUUAA